AUGAAAUGCAUACAGGGUUGGUGCAAGAAGUCUAUUGAAGGACAUUUAUCGAGCUUGAGUGUAAUAACCAAAUUCUAUCAGCACGUCCUUGCCUUGGCCUUUGCUGUGAAGGAGAUCAAUGAGGACUCCCAGAUCUUACCUAACAUCACUCUUGGGUUCCACAUCUGUGACAGUUACUACAACCCAAGGAUGACCUAUCGCACCACUCUGGACCUGCUUUUCAAAUCCCAGGAAUUUGUCCCAAACUACAGAUGUGAUAGCCAGAAGAAUCUCAUGGCUAUCAUUGGAGGAUUGGGUGCUCCUACUUCAUCUUUUAUGGCAGAAACUAUAAAUCUCUUCAAGAUUCCACAGUUGACCUAUAGCUCCUUUGCACAAGAAGAGUUUUAUAGUACCAAAUUAUCUUCACUUUACUGCAUGGUCCCAAACGAGGACUAUCAGUACACUGGAGUUAUACAACUUUUCCGCCAUUUUGGAUGGAAAUGGUUUGGAGUCUUUGCUUUUGAAACUAAGGGAGAACGUUUUUUGCAGAAAAUGCAGCCAUUGCUUUCACAGAACGGGAUCUGUUUAGCUUUCACACAAAAAAUUCCGCAGCAUAUCCACUUAGAAGAUCUCCCAGAAUUGUUUGAUUCCAUCUCAAUUAUUUCGAAUAAAUUGAUGGAUCGAAAAGCGAAUGUUUUUCUCGUCUACGGAGAAUCCUUCACAAUAGUGUGGCUCAGAACUGUCAUGUUUCUACGUGAUCCUGAAAAUAAAGAGAGCACAUUGUUUAGGAAGGUUUGGAUCCUGAUGAGUCCGAUCGAUUUCAUCCUGAUGGGAACUCAAAGGAAUUGGGGUCUCCAGGUGUACCACGGGGCUCUUUCCUUUGCUGUGCAUUCAAGAAACAUUCAAGGCUUUAAAGAAUUUCUUCAAGUCAUCAAACCUUCAACCCAGGAAGAUGGAUUUCUUCAAGAAGUUUGGCAACAAUUGUUUGACUGUAUAUUUUCAACAGCAAACUUACCUUCAACUGUCAGUGGAAUUUGUAAUGGAGAAGAGAGCUUGGAGGAUCUGCCUGCACCAUUUUUUGAAUUUCAGGUGACUGGCCAAAGCUACAGUAUCUACAAUGCUGUUUAUGCAGUGGCACAUUCUUUGCAGGAGGCUGUGAGAUCAAGACCCAAAUGGACAGAAAUCCAAAGGGCUGAAUUUUCAAAUCUGCAUCCUUGGCAGAAAGCAGUUACUCUGAGCUGCCCUGCGAGUGAUGCUUUCCCGAUUCCCCAUGAGUGGUACCAGCCUGGUGAUCUCAUUGUGGGUGGGAUGGUGUCUCAGAUAAUUCAAUCCUUUCUUAAAAUUAAAUUUAAGGAACAUCCUUCUCUAAAACCUUAUGCUUUACAAGAUGUAAUAACCAAAUUCUACCAGCACGUCCUUGCCUUGGCCUUUGCUGUGAAGGAGAUCAAUGAGGACUCCCAGAUUUUACCUAACAUCACUCUUGGGUUCCACAUCUAUGACAGUUACAGCAACCCUAGGAUGACCUAUCGCACCACCCUGGACCUGCUUUUCAAAUCCCAGGAAUUUGUCCCAAACUGCAAAUGUGAUAGCCAGAAGAAUCUCGUGGCCAUCAUUGGGGGACUAAGUCCUGAUACAUCAUCCUUUAUGGCAGAAAGUAUACAUGUCUACAAAAUUCCACAGUUGACUUACGGUUUCUUUGCCCAAGAAGACUUUCAGAUUACUGAGUUAUUUCCACUUUAUCGCAUGGUCCCAAAAGAGGAGCAUCAGUACACUGGACUUAUUCAACUCCUUCUCUAUUUUGGAUGGACGUGGAUCGGAGUCUUUACUUUUGAAAAUAAAGAAGAACGUUUUUUGCAGAAACUGCAGCCAUUGCUUUCACAGAAUGGGAUCUGUUUAGCUUUUACACAAAACAUUCCACAACAUCUCUACUUGGAAGAUUUGUCAGAAUUGUUAGAUUCAGUCUCAAUUAUUUGGAAUAAAUUGAUGGAGCAAAAAUCAAAAGUUUUUCUUGUCCAUGGAGAAUCCAUGACAGUAUCGUGGCUCAGAAGUGUCAUGUUUCUACGUGAUCCUGAAAAUAAAGAGAGUGCAUUAUUUAGGAAGGUUUGGAUCUUGAUGAAUUCAAUUGAUUUCGUCCUGUUGGGAUAUCAAAAGAAUUGGGGUCUCCAGAUGUUCCAUGGGGCUCUUUCCUUUGCUGUGCAUUCAAGAGGCAUUCAAGGCUUUAAAGAAUUUCUUCAAGACAUCAAACCUUCAACCCACAAAGAUGGAUUUCUUCAAGAGGUUUGGGAACAAUUGUUUGACUGUUCAUUUUCAAAUACAGAAUUAUCUUCAACGGUCACUGAAAUCUGUACUGGAGAAGAGAAUUUGGAGAAUCUACCUGGUCAUUUGUUUGAGUUGGAGAUGACUGGCCAAAGCUACAGUAUCUACAAUGCUGUUUAUGCAGUGGCACAUUCUUUGCAUGAGGCACUCCAUUCAUUUCUUCGAGGCAUUUCUUUCAACAAUUCAGCUGGGGACUGUGUGUUCCUGAAUGAGAAAGGAGAAGCGACAGGUGGAUUCGACAUCACCAACUUGGUCACUUUUCCAAACAGAUCCUUUCAGAGAGUCAAAGUUGGAAAGAUUGAUCCUCAUACUCCCAAUGCGAAGGAAUUAAUCAUCGAUGAAGAUGUGAUUGUGUGGCACCCAGCAUUUAACCAGGUUCUUCCAAUUUCUCUGUGUAAUGACCAUUGCUCCCCUGGAUCCUGGAAGAAAGGCUUGGAAGGAAAGCAAUUCUGUUGCUACGAUUGUGUUCCAUGUCCAGAAGGGAAGAUUUCAAAUGAAAAGGAUACGGAUGACUGUUUUCAAUGUUCAGAAGAUCAUUAUCCAAAUAAAGAAAAGACAGGAUGCAUCUUGAAACUGCUGGUUUUUCUAAAUUUUGAAGAAACCUUAGGGAUUGGUUUAGCCUCAGUAGCUCUUUGUUUCUUCUUCUUGACAUCUUGGGUACUUGAAAUAUUUAUUAAGCACAAGGAUACUCCCAUUGUCAAAGCCAACAACCGGUCGCUCACCUACACCCUCCUUUUCUCUCUUCAGCUCUGUUUUCUCUCCUCUUUACUCCUUCUCAGCCAACCUGGCAAAGUGACCUGCCUUUUUCGGCAACCAACUUUUGGCAUCACCUUCUCAGUGGCCAUUUCAAGUGUAUUGGCUAAAACCAUCACCGUGGUUGUGGCUUUCAUGGCCACUAAACCGGGAUCUCAGAUGAGGAGGUGGGUGGGGAAAAGAUUGGCCUUUUCUAUUGUCCUCUCAUGCUUUUUCUUACAAGUAUGUAUCUGUAUUCUUUGGUUGUCAACAUCUCCCCCAUUCCCUGAGUUGGACAUGCACUCAGAGCUCCAUGAAAUGAUUUUACAGUGCAAUGAAGGGUCAGCUUUCUUCUUUUACUGUGUCUUGGGCUACAUGGGUAUCUUGGCCAUUGCCAGCUUUAUUGUGGCUUUCCUUGCCCGUAAAUUACCGGACAGUUUUAAUGAAGCCAAGUUCAUCACCUUCAGCAUGUUGGCCUUUUGCAGUGUGUGGAUCUCCUUCUUUCCAGCCUAUCUGAGCACAAAAGGCAAAGCCAUGGUAGCUGUGGAGGUCUUCUCCAUCUUGGCCUCCAGUGCUGCAUUACUGGGAUGCAUAUUCUUGCCAAAGUGCUUUAUCAUUGUUUUGCGGCCUGACCUCAACCACAGGGAGCAACUCAUAAAGCGGAAUUAG